UUUUCGUGCAAGGCUAAAUAGAAUAUGAGGUCUUUUCUCUGGCUUAUAGGUUUAGUUGUGCUGAGAAUAAUUAAUCAUAUGAGUUUCUAUCUCAAGAUUUGAGGUUGUAAUUUUACUGAUUAUCAGAAACACUGUAAGGCUAGUAUGCAAUGUACUCCUUUUCCGGGAAAUCUGUUGUUUAAUGUAGAACACCCUUGAUGCAUGUUUUUUCAGAUGCUAUCUUCAACAAGGAUGGAAUGAGGGAAACUGAGAAGACGAUUAUAAGGGAACAGCUUCUGGAGAGGUGGAUGUCCCAGAAACAGCUUGAAGUAGAAGUGAUAAAGGAUAUGAAGUUGCAGUGGAGUAAAAACGCAAUGCCGUCAGAUAAUCUAGAAGCAGGGAAUGAGUCCAUCGAUAAGCCUCCGAAUGGUAGAAUCCUCAGCGAGCAUCAAAGGAGGGAACUAGAGAAGAGGGUUAUAGGUGAAGAGAUUUUGAGUGACUGGUUGCACAGGAAACAACUGGAGGAGGAAAUCAUGACAGAGAUGUUUGGGGUAGAAAUGUUACAGAGGGUUAAGAAUUCAAUUGCAUCAGAGAACCCAGAAGUAAAAAGUGACACAUGCAAUAAGUCUCCCACCGGUUUGCAGAAAAUUAUCAAUAUUCAAGAUAAAGGUGAAGAUUCUGGAUUGGUGCCUCAUCCAGAUGGUCCAAUGUCCUUAAAUGGCCAGGAGCGGAUUGACCAGAGCCCGGCUAAUGAAAAAGAAGGUGGACUAACUGGCAGAAUUCCUAUCCAUUGUCCCCCUAGAGCACCAAAUACUACCAAACCUGGGAUGUUCAUCGGUUUAGGCAGGACUGCUACGACACCAUCGGUAUGUAAUUAG